AUGGGUAUCCCACCACCGGACGGGUCUGAUGUCAACCGUGGAACAGCCGUUGUGAUUGCAGGCUGGGUCUUAUGCGCUGUGGUUGCUCUUCUCCUCGUUUUUCGAAUUGCCGUCAAAACAUGGAUUACCAUUGCGCUCCCUCCGACCGCUCGUCCGAGAAGGACAUGGACUCUUGAGGAUUUGUUCUUGUGGAUGGGGUUUGUGGUUGAUAUAGCGCAUCAGUCGCUCAUGGAUAGUAGCUAUGAGCACGGCUUAGGCAGGCAUUACUUCUACCUUACACCUGAAGAAAGGCGUUUAGCCAUGAAGUGGGACUGGAUCGCCGCACAGCUGGCUGUCACAGCCGUCUCCUUAUACAGGACUGCAGUGAUGUGUUUCUUGUAUGUUUGCUUCGCCAAGACCAGACGCCGGCUGGCUAUCACCCUACUCGCCUGCAUUGCUGUACAUACAGCUGUCAACCUCAUCACGAUAUUGCAGGGUGUCAUGCAAUGUGGACCAAAUCCGUCCAGGCCCACGAACCGAGCAGCGUACUACCACUACCUCUGGGAUCCACUGCCCGAAGACGACUCAGUUGUGUGCCAGUCGCCAAAAGUGCAGACCUACAUUGGGUAUGGCCAAGGAGCUUUCAAUACAAGUAUUGACUUUAUGCUCGUCGGACUUGCUGCAUUCCAGAUCUGGCAGUUUCUCGUCCGUGCCCACGGGCAGCACCUGGCGUCGGUCAUUCACAAGUUCCGAGCCUUGGAACCACAUGUCCGACGGCAAAGGAUUUCGCAGACGUUCUUGGUCUGCUUACCGCUGUCAUUGUCGGGGGUUGCUUGCAUCAUCAAGUCUCCACUUGUUGGUGCUAUUGGGAAUCGAAUGGACAUCACCUGGAACAUCAUCCCUUUGGUACUGUGGGUGAAGAUCGAGAACAGCACGAUUCCCAUCGCAGCGACAGCAACAGUCAUGAGACUGUUUCUGAAGGUCUUUGUCAACAAGGAGAAGAAAGCCGCAACAUAUGCCUACAGCUCUGAACGCUAUCGAGGGUCGGGAGGGCAAGGUGUGGAGCUUGGUAGUCAUGUACGAAGCGGCUGGGGUAUCGAUAGAAGCCACAGUGGCAGACAUGACACCGAUGAUGCCGGUGAUCGAUCAUUGAACGGCUCCGAGACCGAGCUUGUGGACGACAGUAUCCAUGUAAAGGUUGAAUAUGAGGUGCGUGUCAUGAAUAGGAUUAUUCAAGACAUGUCGUCGGAUGGGCGUUUGGAUGUGGCAGCUGGCCAAUGA